UCGAACUUUUCAUCUUGCAUCAUUCUGACAGCCAUUCAAAUCAACAGACUAAAACCGGCCAGUUUCUUGUGUAUACAAAAAGGUUUUUUAUUGAAGAAAGUCAAUUGCAAGACUGUUAUGGUGUCCCUACAAGACUUUUCAUACUUCCCAAAGCCGGGAGAAGUUUCGCUGUAUGAGAAAGAUGGACAAUUGUGUUCAUUACCCGCCGCCGAGAUAGACCUAACCAACUUCUCUGGCAGUUUAUCCUCUUAUCCGGACAUUAAUGUCAGCCGGGAGCUAUGCAAUCAUUCGUCAUCAUCCCAUGACGACAACAAAACAGUUUUAAUACCAGUGCACGAACCGUUGAUCAAGAAAUUGACACGGACAUUCAUCGAGAAUGGAUUCGUAGCAGCAUUGGAAAAGGCAGCCAAUUCUGAGACGGACACAAAAGCCGUUGUGGUUUCGGUGGCUAGAUUCGCAUUGCGUAUUGUCAAUAUGUGCAAAACGGUUCAGUAUUACUAUCAUCCGUACCGGAGAGAUCACGGUGUGUUUAGCAUAUCGAAAUAUGCACAGACACGGGAGUGGUCGAGAAGCUUGAUUCGGGUGAUACGAUGGCAUCCGAACGUUUUCAAAUUGGCUGUAGCUGCUUGCGAUGAUAGCAUCAGAAUUUACACGGAUGACAGGGCAAUGGUUGUCCUUUUAAAGAACAUUCUUCAAAAAUGUGUUACAACCAUGGCGUGGCGUCCACUAACACACAAUGAAUUGGCUGUUGGGUGUGAAAAUGGCAUACUUAUCUGGAAUGUAACCAAUGUGCGUACAGGGAAGCCGAUCACAAAAUUCAUUCAUUUAACACAUCGCAAUCACUCACCAAUUAUAUCCAUCGAAUGGGACAAGACUGGCAACCUGCUUGCUUCAGCCAGCACUAUCGAUUCGGACAUUUUAAUUUGGAAUCCCGAUCUGCAGACCAGCGAACCAUUAAAGCGUGUCGGACCGCCAUCGUCGCUUCUCAAGUUUUCACCGAAUGGAUCUCGUCUGUUCGCAUCAACUGUCGGUACAGUGUUCCGAGUGUGGAAUACGCAAAACUGGAUGCCAGAACGGUGGACUGUUCCGCGCGGAACGAUCCAAUCGGCCGUUUGGUCACCGUGCAGUGGUUAUUUACUGUUCGUGACCAGCGAAGAGCCAAUUCUGUACAGUCUUCAGUUUAUCGAACAGCAACUGUUUGCAACCGCCUCCCUUGCCAAGCAAGCUCUACCCAUAGCCGAUUUAUCGACAAUAAAGACUUCCGGUCGGAUGGAUAUUGGUGGCAUACCGCAGAGUUUGGCUUGGGACGCAAAGGGUCAACAUCUGGCCGUUUCGUUCAAGGAUUGUCCGGCAAUAGCUCUGUUCUUAACCUCAGUUACCAAGACCAAUAUAAGCAUUGCAUCGGACUGUUUCCUCGUUGGCGUUGGCACCGCAUUUCCAUCGUACAUUUGUUUCCAAGAGUGUUUCCCCGAAACGCAUCCAGAUAAGCCACAAUCUGUGUUGACCAUCGGCUGGUCCAGUGGCGUAGUUCAAUAUUUCCCAUUCAUUUGAAUAGGAUGGGGUUUGGUAAGCAAUAAACACGAUCGAUGGUUGCAGUUUUCAAUAAAAUAUAUUUUCGAAUAAAAUCGGCUCUUUGUUCCUUAAAUCUGACGCCGCCUAUUAACAUACUCUUAUAGCGUAACAGUAUCCAUAAACAAUAUAUAUAUUUGGUUCGACAAAGACACGGCAUAACAUGUCCAAGUGUGCCAGAUGAACAAUAAAUGAAGUUA